UUGACGUCAUUCGAGGCUGUAGGUCAAUCCGUGCGCGUGCUUUUAUUGGAUCUGCUGCUGUCACAUUCGCGCCGCUGAUGUUCUCGACGCGCGUUGUUCUCCUUCAGGACGCUCGCGACACGCUAACGCUUUUUAUUCUGCCGUGUCCGUCGCUGGUCCGCGUCCGUCGCCCGUCCGCGCCAGAGAGCCGCGCUGCCGUAGGCCUGUGACUGACAGCUGCUGCCGAAACCUCCGUGACGCGCCGUUCCGCCGUGACGCGCCGCUCCGGAGCUUCGUCUCACGGGCCGCCGGUGUCCUCGAUGCCGCUCCGGGCUGCCGGUGCUCCCGCCGGCCGCUUCCCCGUGAGCGCGGGCGCGGGCGCCGACAGAGAGGCCGCGCGGGAGUGUUUCGCGCCGCUCCGCCGACAGUAACGCGCGCGCGGAUGGACGGAAGCCGCGCGUGAAGCAGCGGAGCGGAGGAUGAGGAGCGGUGGCGCGCGCACUGCUCGAUAGACUCGAUUGAUGAUCUGAUCAGAAACUUUGCCGUUAGCCGCUGACAGCAGAAGAUGGGCUGCGCCUCCAGCAUCCACAUCUCCGACCGGGUGGUGUAUCACAGCGGGAAAGAGUCCGAGGAGCCGCCGCACACGCACUCACACACACACACCUGCACACCGGACACCGGACACCGCAGCAGCGCCGGCGGACAGGGCUCGCUAACGGAGCUGCAGUUUGGACCAAUGAAGCUGUACGAAGAUCAGCUGCAGGUGCUGCUGGUGUUUGCGCGUGAUGACGCUCAGAGCAGCAGCUUCAUCAGUGCGUGUGAGCGCUGUGGCUUCAGCUGCAGUGUGUGUCGAACACCAGAGGCGGCGCUGGAGUGUGUCCUGCAGAAGAGCCCCGACCUGAUCAUUAUUGACCACCGACACCCGCGAGGGCUGGACGGAGAGGCGCUCUGCCGCUCAAUCCGGGCCGUCAGCUGCUCUCACCACACUGUGAUUGUGGCUGUAGUCAAAAGGCCGGAUCGUGAAGAAGCCACUGUGAUGCCGCUGAUAUCAGCAGGGUUCAACAGGAGAUUCGUGGAGAACUCCAGCAUGAUGGCCUGCUAUAAUGAGCUCCUGCAGCUCCACCAUGGAGAGAUCCGAGCACAGAUCAAACUCAGAGCCUGUAAUGCUGUGUUUACUGCGCUGGAACAGAGUCAGGAAGCUGUUGAGAUCAGCAGUGAAGAUCACAUCAUACAGUACGUCAAUCCAGCGUACGAGUGCAUGAUGGGAUACCAGCGCGGGGAGCUGCUGAAGGAGAACACUGAAGUGCCUAAGAGUGAGAGGAACAAACCAGACCUGCUGGACAACAUCAGCUCCUGCAUGCUCCGGGGGAAGGAGUGGCAGGGCGUUUAUUAUGCCAAAAAGAAGAACGGGGACAGUGUGCAGCAGAACGUGAGGAUGACACCUGUUAUUGGACAGGGAGGUAAAGUCAGACACUGUGUGUCUGUGAACAGGCCUUUAAAUGAUCAUAAUAAGACAGAGAAAUCCUGCGAGCGUGUCCAGGCCGAAUCACAGACAGAUAUUCCGCAGUCCAGCAAACACAAGGACCGCAGGAAAGGAUCGCUGGACGUUCGCUCGACGACCUCCAGAGGCAGUGAUGCAGGAAGUUCUCAGAGGAGACACUCGUCUAUGGCCAGAAUACACUCCAUGACCAUAGAGGCGCCCAUCAACAAGGUGAUCAACAUCAUCAAUGCGGCGCAGGAGAGCAGUCCGCUGCCGGUGGCUGAGGCUCUGGAUCGGGUGCUGGAGAUCCUGCGCAGCUCUGAGCUCUACUCGCCUCAGCUCGCCACCAAGGAGGAGGACCCGCAUACUAAUGACCUGGUGGGCGGGCUGAUGAUGGACGGCCUGCGCAGGUUAUCCGGGAACGAGUACAUCUUCACCACUAAACAGCUGCAUCACAUGACCAGUCACCUGACCACGCCCCUGUCUCUCAACGACAUCCCACAAUGCAUCGCUCAGACCAUGGAGAACGAGGACUCAUGGGACUUCGACAUAUUCAACCUGGAGUCGGCCACCUUGAAGAGGCCGCUGGCGUUCCUGGGCCUGAAGCUGUUCUCUCGGUUCGGUGUGUGUGAGUUUCUGGGCUGUGCGGAGGCGACGCUGCGCUCGUGGCUGCAGAACAUCGAGUCCAGUUACCAUGGCAACAACCCGUACCACAACUCCACACACGCCGCAGACGUGCUGCACGCCACCGCCUACUUCCUGUGCAAGGAGCGCGUCAAGCAAAGUCUGGACCCCAUAGACGAGGUUGCGGCUCUGAUCGCUGCUGCCGUUCAUGACGUGGAUCAUCCCGGACGCACAAACUCCUUCCUGUGCAAUGCAGGAAGUGAGCUGGCGGUGCUGUACAACGACACGGCGGUACUGGAGAGUCACCACGCUGCGCUCGCCUUCCAGAUCACCACACGAGACGACAAGAGCAACAUCUUCAGGAACAUGGAGAGGAACGAGUACCGCACGCUCCGUCAGGCCAUCAUUGACAUGGUU